CACAACUGUUUUACUUACCGUUCCAACCAUGGCUCCGAUAGCCACCUACGUGUUCUUUGAUCUCGAAACUACCGGGCUUCCCAGGGAGGAAUUUAACAAAACAAAAAUAACCGAGUUGUGUUUGGUGGCAGUGAAACGCGAACAUAUACUUGAUACCCUGCCUGGUCACGUGCCCAGGGUACUUCACAAGCUUACGCGAUGCCUCAACCCGGGGAAGAGGAUCACAGAGGGGAGCUCCGAGCUCACCGGGCUCGAUAACUUCCUUCUAGAACACGAGAGCUACUUUGACGGCACAAUUUUCGACAUGAUCAACAAAUUUCUUAACACUUUGACCAAACCUGUAUGUUUUGUCACUCACAACGGCCAUAAUUUCGACUUUCCUAUAUUAAAACGACAGUUGGACAUGCUAAAUGUGAGAUUUUCUGAUGAUAUCUUAUGUGCGGAUUCACUAGACGCCUUUAGUGAUAUUUUGGAAGAGAAAAAAGCCGAGAUGACAGUUGAAAAGGUUGAUGAAGUUGAUCUGGCCACUGAUAAUUGCUUGUCUAUGCAGGCUGUGAAUGAAACAACGCCAAAACAAGCAAAGCUACCACCGAAACGUCCACAUAAUCCUGGAAAAGCGAAGCAGAGGCUCCCAUUUAGUGAGAAGAGACUUAAAGACAGUUACAAACUAUCGGACAUUUACGAGAGAUUAUUAGGCCGUACAGCUGUCGAUGCUCACAGAGCAGAGACUGAUUGCAUGCUGUCGUUGGAGAUUGCUGUAGUACUCUCCAAAGAGUUCACAUCAUGGGUGGACGCUCAUCAUCGUCAGUUUUCUGAAGUGUCCCCAAUGUCGCCUGGAAUAAAGAUUGGUUCCUAGAACUUAAGCUCUUGUGGUGUGCAAAGUGCAACAUUUCAAAUAUUGCAGAUGU